AUGGCAGUGAUGGUGGUUAAUGACAAACUUGAAGGUAUUGUUGUGCCUCUAUACUCAUCCCUAAAUCAACGCAGACGGGUCCCUCCAGGAAGAAUCCGACUGAAAACGGCUGUAAAAGCGUCGACCGGCCCAGGCGCGGCCACUGGCUCGUCUCUCGGCCUGUACUCGUCGAAGCAGUUCGAGCUCACCGCUCAAAACGUGGACCUGGUUCUAGAGGAUGUGAGGCCUUACUUGAUCUUCGAUGGUGGCAACGUCGACGUUUUGUCCGUCGAAGACGGCGACGUCUCUCUCAAACUCCUAGGAGCAUGUGAGAGCUGCCCUAGCUCAACAACUACCAUGAAAAUGGGGAUCGAAAGGGUUUUGAAAGAAAAUUUUGGGGAUGCAGUCAAGGAAAUCCGGCAAGUGUACGACGAUUUAGUGAAGGAAACAACCGUCGAGGCAGUGAAUCGUCAUCUUGAUAUACUGAGACCAACUAUCAAGAAUUACGGUGGGAGCAUUGAAGUAUUUUCCAUUGAUGGAGGGGAAUGCGUUGUGAACUACAUAGGUCCCGAAUCGAUUGGAUCGGGAAUUAAAGCCGCCAUUAAAGAGAAGUUCCCAGAUAUCACCAAUAUUUUAUUAACCUCAUAAAGCUUCAUUCUUUAUAUCAGAAGCUGAAAAGUUUUGAUCUUUUUAUGUGC